CAAGGGGGAGGGGUGUGGAGUUUUCACGCCCCCCCCCCCCAGUCCCCACAGGCACCACCAGCCUUCCGAUACCUGCCUGUUCGCUAAUUAAGAAGCUCUCUGAACCCCAGUGGUCUUAUUCCAGAGGCAUGAUUGGUUAGAUCAUUGGCUCUUGGUGAUUAGUUCAAUCUCCAGACCCUCUUCCCUCCCAGGAGGUCUGGGAGGUGGGCCUCUAAUGCCUCAGUCUUUCUGGGGACCACCCCCCACGCUGAAACUAUCUGCUAGACUCCGGCCAUCACUCAUCUUCUAGUUUACAAAAGACACUUAUCACCCUCAGAGAUUCCAGGAGUGUUAGGAGCAGAGUGCCGGGGACAAAGACCAAAUGCAUCUUACUACAUCCCACCCCUGCUAAAUGGCAGAGCAGGAGCUAGAACCCUAGACUCUUGCCUGCCUCCCAGGAGCUUUGGGUCUAAGUGGAGGCCAUAUUUUUUCACCAGCCUGUGACACAGGAGCUUUUUUGGAAACCAGGGAUCUGACCCCCUACCUGAAACCUUUCUGGAAAAAGUCCUUGAGUGCAUCUGGCCCUGGACAGGUCAGUGUCUCCCCAGGCCCCUCCCUACCCAAACUAUUUCCAUCCCUUCUGGCCUCAGGGCCUUUGCACAGCUAUGAGCCUGACAACAUGUCUUCCCUGUGCUACCCAGCUGACCUUGGAAGCUCAUCCCCAACCACCCCUGAAGCUGGACUAGGGCUUUCCUGGGUUCCCACAGUGCUCUGUGCUCCCACCAUCACUGCCCUGACCAUUCUGGAUUUGUGUUUUGCUCACUGAGGACAUGGAUGGGAGCUGUCCUGGUCAGUGCUGAAACAAAGGAAGUAAGUCCCGCCAACUGCUGUAUCUCUGGUUUUGCCCGGAGCUACACCCCCAGUGUGGGGAUGAAGGGAUCUCUGCCAGCUGAGGCUGGGUGUCCUGCUCGCCUCUGGUUCUGGUGCCUCCCAGUGGCUCCCCAGGGGAACGGGCAGAGGCUGCUGGGCCGGGCUGUGUGGCUUUGGCAGGACCCUGCUGAGCCAAGGCCAAGGUGUGUGUCAGCCCCAGCCUGGCCAGCAGUGAUUCACACCAGGCAUCAGCCCAGCCCCAGGAGGUGAAUGGGGACGGUGGCCUCACUUUCCCCAUCCAGAUUGUGGCUCCGAGGCACGACCCACUUUUGCCAGGCCUGUAUAGGGACCCGGAGGGACCUGGGGCCCAGCUUCCCCCUAAGGAGCCCCCAUCCUCAGAGCCAGACACAGACACCCGCCUGGCCUCUUAGGAUGUGCAUCAGAGUAUAGCAGCAGUGCCUUCUUGGCUCCAGACCCUCUUGUGGCUCCCCAGAACCUUCUUGAUAAAACCCAAACUCUGUACUCCUCUUUAACUCCUUUCUAUCCAGUCGUCCUCCACCUCCUGGCCCUCUUCCCUCGCUUCCGACCACGUCAGCCUCCGUGUUCCCUAAUCAUGCCUAACUUCUUCUCACCUCAAAGCCUUUGCCCGUGCUGCGUUCUCCACCUGAAAUGCCCUUCCCCCAGCUCUCCUAUGACUAACUCCUCCUCUGGGACUCAGCCCACUCACCCCCUUUGAUUCCUUCCUGGCAGUUUCACACUCCCACGUUAUUUGAGUUGUGUCCCCAGGCCCAGAUGAGGUCCCACUACAAACUUAGGUGCUCAACAAAUGCCCCAGGCAUGUGAGACCGAGUCUGCCUUGAGACACGUGUAGGGGAAGAAUUUGGGCCCCCGUCUGUGCUCAGAGCCUUAAUUUUCUGUUCAGGACAGGCAGGAAAUAUGUAGCCACCAUCAUACUCAUCAGCCUGGUCUAAGCACUGCCCCCACGCUGGGUCUGCCUUCUAGAACUGCCUUCCCCCAAGAGCUGGUGGGGAUUGGCUGGAACUUGGCUGCGAGUCACAAAGCCAUUGUGGCACCAGGGUCCCAAGGCUGGCCAUUCGGGCUGUUGGGUUCAGCUUCAGGGGCAGACAGAGCCAGCCCAGGGCAGUGUUGCUGCACGUCGCGUGGAUGAAGGGUUGAAUGAAGGCUCCUUCCUCUUACAAGCUGGCUUCUGAGAUUGCACCUUCUCUUCCUGCUCCUUCUCCAACUCUAUGGCCCUCCAAGGCAGAGCUGACACGUUCAAAAAGCAAGACAAUGCAGGAAGCAACACAGCCACGGUUGUCACCCAACAGGCAGGGCUUGUACCAACCCCGUUGCGACCCCAGUCUCCAAGACAAAGCACAGACACCGUUUCCACAACCUCAGCACAAGCCAGUUGGUUCCAAGGAGAGCCUUCCGCCAGAGCCAGACAAGGACAAGACAGUGACCCAUCAUAUCCCACGCCUCCGGGCUGUGGUUGAGAGCCAGGCCUUCAAGAAUGUCCUGGUGGAUGAGAUGGAUAUGAUGCUGUCCCGUGCCGCCACCCUCAUCCAAGCCAACUGGAGAGGCUACUGGCUCCGGCAAAAGUUGAUCUCCCAGAUGAUGGCAGCAAAGGCCAUCCAGGAGGCCUGGCGACGCUUCAAGAUCAGGCGUCUCCUCCGGUCUGGCAAGUUGGUGGAGAAAAAAGUGUGCGUGGACGAGGGGGACAUCCCUUACCAUCCCCCCCAGCAGGUGCGGUUUCAGCAUCCAGGAGAGAGCAAGUCCCUUCUGGCCCAGCCCAGCAUGGUGAGCAAAGAGACCCAGUUCCCUUUCUCCAACACCCUGGCCACCUGCACCCACCGGCUGGCCCUGCAGACCCAGAGUAUGCCUCAGCCUGGCAUGCAGGACCCUUGUCCCAUUGGAGGUGCCAACGUCGCCUUCCUGCCACACCAGACCGUUGCCAUCAGACUUCCAUGUCCAGUGAGUCUAGAUGCAAAAUGCUGCCCAUGCCUGCUGACAAGAACCAUCAGAAAUGCCUGCCUUGGCCAUGUAGAAGGGGACAUGGUGAAGACCAAGCAAGUAACUGCCAGAGCCAACAAGCCAGGAGCCCCAGGGCCACCACCAUCUGGAAGGUAUGCCCAGGCAGUUCAUGGAUCACUCAAGACCCAGACCCAGGCCCACAUGGAACCAGAGGUUUUCAAAGCCCUACCCCAGACAGGCCCAGCACCCGUGACAGCCAAGACCCUACUCCAGACGUAUCCAGGGGCCACGAUGACCAAGACCCCACCCCAGCCGUGUGUCGUGCCCAUGGGAAUGAUAGCCAAGACCCCGCCCCAGAUGUACCCUGCAGCCGCAGUGACCAAGACCCCACUCCAGGCAUGCCUGGCUGCCGUGAUGAACAAGACCCCACCUCAGCCGUGCUCGGCGCCCACGGUCACAAUAACCAAGAGCCCACCCCAGAUGUUCCAGGCAAGCCCAGUGGCCAAGGCCUCACCCCAGACAUCCCAGGCAGCCGCAGUGACCAAGACCCCAUUUCAGUCAUGCCUGGGGGCCAUGCUGAACAGGAGCCCACCCCAGCCAUGCCCAGCAGCCCUAGUGUCCAAGACCCCAACCCAGAUGCGAGCAGCAACCUCAAUAACUAACACUUCACCCCCAACACGACCAGCAGCCAUGAUGGCCAAGAUCUCACCACAGAUAUGCCUGUUGGCUUCAACGAUCAAGCCCCCAACCCAGACAUGCCCUGUGGCCCCAGCGACCAAGACUCCGCCCCAGAUGUGCCCCGUGCCCACGACGGCCAACACUCCAACCCAGAUGUGCCCGGCAGCUCCAGUGGCCAAGGCCCCGCUGCAGACAUGUGCGGCAGCUGCCACGGCCAAGACCCCAUCUCAGACGCUCACGGGGGCCUCGGUGACCAAGACCUCUCCCCAGACACGUCUGGCAGCUAUGGUCAAUAAAACCCCAGCCAAAUUUCGCUCAGUGGCUGCCGUCAUCAGGACCCUAUGCCUCUCGCCUCCAACAGAUGGAAACCUGAAGUCUUCACCACCGGUCGCGGUGGUGGCUGGAAUCCCCAACACCUCAUCCCACACACACCUGGAUGGACCAGAGGCCAAGGCUGUGGGGAAUGCCAAGCAGACAGCUGGGACGGUCAAGACCUCGUCCUACUCGUACUGGGCUGAAGGAAAUGUCAAAUACCUUUCCCUACCACAGCGGGGCGCUGGGACUCCCAAGGUGCCAGCCAGGCCUCCUUUGGAAGCUGAAAAAAGCAAAGCCUUCUCUCAGAAACAGGGCCCCGUGGACGCUGGCAAAGCUGGUGGCCAAGCAUGGAAUUCUGCCGUCCCCAGUGUCGCAGUCGGGCCCAUGAACAGCACAGUGGCCCCCGGUGGCCCGUGGGAGCCGCCCAGGGCACCUGUGCCCUUGGACACCGUGGGCAGAGAGGCAGCGGUGGAUCCCAGACGGUCGGGGGAGCUGGUGGCGUCGAUGCAGGUGCUGGAGAAGACCGUCCAUGCUGUGGUCACGAUCCAGGCAGGCACGCGUGGCUACCUGGUGCGCCGUACCAUCAAAGUGUGGCACCAGGGGGCCGUCGUCAUCCAGGCUGCCUGGCGUGGCUACUGUGUGCGGCGGGAUCUGGCUCGGCUCUCCGGAGCCGCCACCGUCAUACAAGCCAUGUGGAGAGGUUUCUGCGCCCGCAAGGGCCAAACCCAGCCGGCGUGGCUCCCAGCCACGUGGGCCAGGCUGGGCAGCAGGGCCAGGUCCACAUCUGACCACCGCUGUUUCCAGUCCUGCCAGCCCCAUGUCUGCGCCCUCUGCCAGUCACUAAGUCCCAGGCUGGGGGGCCCACCCAGUGUGGUGAUGCUGGUGGGUUCCAGCCCCCGCACGUGCCACAAGUGCGGCCACACCCUGCCUACCCGGGUGGUGCAUGGCAUGGGCCGGGGCAGUCAGGCAGGCGUGCCAUGGGGCCGUGUCACCCCGACGACUGCCCAGAGCCCCCAGCAGUCCCGUCACCAGGGUAAGGCAGCCACGGCCAUCCAGUCAGCCUGGAAGGGCUUCACUGCCCGCCGCCAGCUGAGGCAGCAGCAGGUGGCCGCCAAGGUGCUUCAAGCCGCCUGGCGUGGCCAUCACACCCGGGCCAACCUCACCACGGAUGUGCUCUUGGGACCCACAGCAUGGGACAGUCCGCAGCGCAUGCAAUGGCCGAGUGUCUAGGACAUUGGCUGGGGGACACCAGGGGAGAGGCAAUAUGGCUCUUUGGUUCUAGUGAAUAAAGCCCUCCGCAGCCUGGG